UUUUCAAUGAUAUAUGAUAUAAUAUGAUAAUUAUAUUAUGCUUUCUAUUCCAAUCACUUCUAUAAUCAUUUCCACUACUGUGAAAGAAGAAGUUAUAAAGCAGGUUGAGAAAGAGAGUAAGAGGUAUUAUACUGCUCCUGAGAGGUACGUCAGGAGAGCGCAUCUAAAAAGAUGUUCAUCAGAGAUGUGCAUUUGCAAGCAGAGGAAAACAGAGAACACUGCAUCUGGUAGGAUAUUAAAAAUAUUAAAUGGAAAACUCAGAAGCUUUCUUCUGGCAAAAGUUGAACAUUUUGCCUGCAGAGGAUUCUGCUAAAAUUCCUAUUAGCUUAAUUGGAAUCAAAUUUCUCUCUAAGAUCAGGGCAUGCAACCAGAAAAUACCAAACUACAAAAAUGAAAAAUGAUAACCAUUUCCUUAAUCAUUUUGCUGUCUACUUAGCCUUAACAUUGGCAUUUCAAAAUCUGAUUAUAAGCGAUGUUCCAUUUUCCACAAAAAUAAAUAAUGAAAAAUUAUUCUACUUAAGAGGAACUUAUUUGAUCAGUUAUAAUUUGAUAUAAUGUUCAACUAAAAAGCCAACAAAAUUAUGAAUGUGGAGGACAACAAAAAACAUUUUCAUUGGACAUUAUGAUAAAAAGGUCCCUUCUUUCAAUCUGGUCUAUUUUCAAAUUUUCUUCAUAUACACACACUCAUGACGUUAAAGGUAGUCCUCAAAUUACAUGCAGUCAGCCUUUUUUUGUGGAUGUAGUAUCAGGUCAGGAGUUUUUCUUUGUUAUCUGUUGUUAUGAGGUGUGUUUAGCUUUGGGGAGAUGGUUAGAGAUGUUCAAAGUAUUAUUGUUAUAUUUGUAAUUUUCAGAAAUUAUCAUACAAUUGUACAUUCUGAUUUUGAUUAUUGCUUUUCUGUUGGAUUUCAUGAUACACAACUACUGAAAAGAGUUUUCCUUUUCUUUAGCAGGUAUUGGAUGGAAGGAUAUAGUCAUAUACUUCAAAAAGUUGAACAAAGGCAGGAGUGACUUUUCAACAUAAAAAUAUCUGUUAGCCCUCUGGUUUUCAGUUUUGCCUCUGAGCAUGCUUCUUCUGCAGUAGAAUAUUCCCAAGACCAUGUUAUUUAAAGGCAAAACAUAGCAACCUUGGCAGGCACAGCCUCAUGGACCAGCUUGGGAGAUUCAUUCAAUCAGAUGCUAAAGGAAUAUUGGAAAAGAUACGAUUGUACUUAAUAAAGAAACUGCUGCCACAUUUGGAAGACAGAAGGAAGUACCAUCAGGAGUUUGCCUCAUCCACUUCGUUUCAUGGAGUGCAUAAUAUUGUCCAAACACGGAGCAAGACUCGCAAAGUGCUGUGGCUGUUAAUAGUGGCAGGCUGUCUUGCUGUUGUUGUUUGGCAAAUCUGCUGUCGAUUCAUCUACUACUUCAGCUGGCCAACCACAACUACAGUGGUAGUGCAGUAUGUGGAAAAUGUCAAAUUCCCUGCUGUGACUUUUUGCAACUUGAACAGGUUUCAAACUCACGCAGUAAGCAACCUCAGAAUCAUUUUUGUAAUUUGGAACAUCGUGUCGGGAGUUCUCCAAAAAUUUGCUACAGAAGAUAAAUAUUCUCAAGAGCUAAAUGAUUUCCUCCAUGGGAACCAGAAUUUCAGCAUCAAAGAGUUUACAAGGAAAAAUGGGUUUUACCUGAACAGCAGCACAUUGCUAGAAUGUGAAUUUUUUGGAAAGCCAUGUUACCCACAGGACUUUGAACAUGUUUUCACUGAAUACGGAAACUGCUUUACUUUUAAUCACAAUGACCUUCCAGCAAGAAGAGUGAGUUUGUCUGGAAGAGGCUUACAUUUACUUUUUGAUGUCCAACAGGAAAAAUUCACUGAUGAACCUGCUCUUGGUCAUACUGAUGCUGGUAUAACUUUUGUUAUCCAUUCACCCAAAGAGCUUCCACGCUUUGACGGUUUAGGUUUAUUAACACCAGUCGGCACGCAUGCACAAGUCGCAAUCCGCCAGCUGAAGUCAAUUAUCCAAGAAUACCCAUGGGGAGAGUGCAAGCCUGAUAUAAAGCUUCAGUACCACAAGAUUUAUAGUACUAAUGGAUGUUUGCAGGAAUGCAAAGCCCGGUACAUACAGGACUGGUGUGGCUGUUUGCCAUUCAUUCUUCCAGGAAAUGGAACAGAAUGUGAUUUGCUGAAGUUUUACAAUUGUGUUUAUCCUGCAGUCUAUGAUAUAGAGAUAAAAGGAUUAUGUACAGUAGGAACUCACAAUUCCACUUGCCCUACCCCAUGCGAAGAAACGGAUUAUCCUACCACUAUCACCUAUUCAAGUUUUGGAGGAGAAAAAGCCAUAAAACACUUUUCUACAAAACUGAAGAAAAGCCCAGAAUACAUUAGGCAGAACCUUGUGCGUAUUGACAUUAAAUAUCAUGACCUGAGCUACAAAAUAACACAGCAGCAGAAGGCUUUGACUAUAUCUGAGUUGCUUGCUGAUGUAGGUGGCCAGCUCGGAUUGUUUUGUGGUGCCAGUAUGAUUACAAUUGUAGAACUGCUGGAGUAUAUUUUUACUAACUUCUGUUGGAUGUGCAUCUUUCUUCUAUUGAAAGCUCCUGAAAUGCCUCAAUGGAACAAUCCAUCCCAGAACCAACCAACACACAAGGAAAAAAAGAAGGGAAUUCAAGAAUGUUAG